AUGCUACUUUGUUUAAUAUAUAUUAUAAGUUCAUGCUAAAGAAUUAAAAGAUAUAUAUGUUAUAACUUCAUGCUAAAGAAUUAAAAGAUAAAUCUGAGCCGUCCAUCUACUUCGGCGUAUGGCAGAAGGAUCAGCGUUCAUCAACCAGCUCGUGACGUUCUAGUGUCUUCCAUGUGGCCGAACCAUUCGAGAACCCUCAUGCAACCUCACCCCCACCGUCCGAUUAGCAUCUCUUCCACGUGUCGGCAUGUAGACCAAUCUUAUACCUUAGAUUUGAUAAAAGUAGAUUCAACAGAUCGUAAUUUCACCCUCAUUUUGACUUCAUUUCGCGCUUAUUUAAACAGCUCCACCGCCUCCGACCUUGUCCCAGAGAACCCAAAACCAGAAGCAUCGUUUCCGACCCCCUCCAAAGCUCCCUCUCUCCUUACCAAAUCAUUCUUCGCGCUUUCUGCACGCUUUCGAGGGUUCAAAUGGCUCCAGAAAUGAUUCCGACAGGUGCGAUAACCGCCGGGUUCGCGAAACCGGCGAGGGUGCCGAGCCGGGCGUACGUGACGUUCUUGGCCGGCGACGGGGACUACGUGAAAGGCGUGGUAGGGUUGGCCAAGGGGUUGAGGAAGACAAAGGCGGCGUACCCUCUGGUGGUGGCGGUGCUGCCAGACGUACCGGCGGAGCACCUCCGUUUGCUGGAGGAGCAGGGGUGCAUCGUCCGGGAGAUAGAGCCGGUGUACCCGCCGGAGAACCAGACACAGUUCGCCAUGGCGUAUUACGUCAUCAACUAUUCUAAGCUCCGUAUAUGGGAGUUCGUAGAGUACAGUAAGAUGGUGUACUUGGACGGAGACAUACAAGUAUUCGGCAACAUAGACCACCUGAUGGACUUGCCGGACGGCCACUUCUACGCCGUGAUGGACUGCUUCUGCGAGAAGACGUGGGCCCACACGCCGCAGUACAAGGUGGGGUACUGCCAGCAGUGCCCGGAAAGGGUGAGGUGGCCGGCUGAGAUGGGCCCGCCGCCGUCCCUCUACUUCAACGCCGGCAUGUUCGUGUUCGAGCCCAGCCUCUCCACCUACCACGAUCUCCUCGAGACCGUCAGGAUCACGCCCCCUACUACCUUCGCGGAGCAGGAUUUUCUUAACAUGUUCUUCAGAGACAUAUACAAGCCGCUGCCGCUUGUCUACAAUCUUGUGCUUGCGAUGUUGUGGCGGCACCCAGAAAAUGUGGAUCUUGACAAGGUGAAAGUCGCCCAUUACUGCGCUGCGGGGUCCAAACCGUGGAGGUAUAAGGGGAAGGAGCAGAACAUGCAGAGAGAGGACAUAAAGAUGCUGGUGAAGAAGUGGUGGGACAUAUACAACGACGAGUCCUUGGACUACAAGAGAUCAGGCCCGACCGCCGCAGACGGCGGGGUCCUCACGGCGGAGGCGGUGAAUCUGGAGCCAUUCAGGGCGGCCCUGUCGGAGGCCGACGCCCUUCAAUACGUGACUGCUCCCUCGGCGGCUUAGUUUAUUAAUUAAUUACUCAGAGCUGGGCGCGAGGGAGCUGCUGAAUUGGGUUCCACUUCAUUAUUGAAAAAAAAAAAAAUUACAUAUAUGAGUGGAAUUUUUUUUUUUUGGGCCGGGGGGGGGGGUGGGGGAGGUAAUCUUUUAAGGAGUGUUUAGGAUUUUUUUUUGAAGGAGAGCGUGGGGUUGUGAUUAUAUGUUAAUAUAUGCUUCUUAAGUGUAAUAUUUUUGAAUAAUUGUGGAAUGAAAUGUAGCUGUUUUUUGUUUA